UAAUUAUUAUUAUUACAUUUUCGUUCGUAGCCAGACGAUUGUACUGUGGCUUCUCUGGGUUUUGCUUUAUGAAUUUUUGGGGUCACUUGUCUUUUGUUUCCCUUAAAGAUGAUGUUUUUUGUUUUGACGGCAGCUUUGGGUUUCAUUCCCGACCUCGUCCAUUUCUUUCAAUGUUAGGGUUUCUUUCUUCUUCAAGUUUGUAUGUAUUUGGGGAUGACUUUGACAAAUUGUCUUUAGAGCAAAUGCUUUUGGAUGUGUGCUUCAUUUGUAUGGAGCCAAUUCAUUCACAUGACAUGGAAGUUUGUGUCGAUGAAUCCUCCAAGCAACUGAAUUCCCCAUAUCUCAAUGGAAUUUACGGACACCCCGAGGCCUUUCCCCGUGUUGGAGAUCAGUACCAGGCAGAUAUACCAGAAUAUGAUCGUUUGAACCUCACUAGAUGCUUCGAAUCACAGCCUCCUCACCUGCACAACCUAGUUACAUUUGCCUUGCCUAUCCCUCUCAUGUGGACUAGAAGUGAGAAAUUCAGAGGUUUCUCUCAACCCGAGAGUGAAAAAGGCACUAGUCCGUCUACUCAUCAACCCUCGGAGAUAGCUGAACCGGCUGCUACUUUGAAACCAAGGAGUAUCGUGCUUGCAUUGCCAUGCCAAAGAAAUGCCAAGUUCAAGUUUGACUGGCUUGACAAGAGCCUCUAUCCGUUCCCUGGCUCUUUGGGUGAAUCUUGGGAUGAUGCUGAGCAAGAGAGGUUCCUUCUUGGCCUCUACUGUCUUGGGAAAAACCUUGUCUUGGUGCAGAGAUUCCUUGGGACCAAGCUGAUGGGGGAUAUGCUCUCCUACUAUUACGGAAGCUUUUACAGGUCUAGUGAAUACCAGAGAUGGGUUGAUGGACGCAAGUUGCGAAGCAGACGGUCUGUUCAAGGCCAAAAGUUGUUAUCAGGUUGGAGGCAACAAGAGUUGCUCUCUCGGAUCUCGUCUCAUGUAUCUGAUGAAUGCAAGACUACUUUGCUUAAGGUAUCUAAAGCUUUUAGGGAAAAUAAGAUUUCACUGGAGGAUUAUGUUUUCACUCUAAAGAAUACGGUAGGUAGUGAUAUGCUUACAGAAGUUAUUGGUAUAGGUAAAGGGAAAAGAGAUCUGACCAACUGCACAUUAGAGCCAACCAAGUCGAAUCAUGGAACCUCUGGUAAUUCCGAAGUACAAAUACGCAAUGAUCUUCCGGUUGCAGAUAUAGUCAAAUUCCUAACCGGAGAAUAUAGGAUGAGCAAAACACGUUCCAGUGACCUCUUCUGGGAAGCUGUUUGGCCACGUUUACUGGCAAGAGGAUGGCACUCUGAGCAGCCGAAAGAUGGUCCAAAAAACUCUCUUGUUUUUCUCAUACCGGAAGUCAAGAAGUUUUCCAGGAGGAAGAUGUCAAAGGGUAAUCACUACUUUGAUUCUCUCACUGAUGUCUUGAAAAAAGUUGCUUUAGAUCCCAAGCUUCUUGAGCUCAAAACUGAUGAGGAUCUAGAGAAGAAAGUCGGCAAAGAAGAGGAUAUCAAGAAUGAUCCGCCCAUAAAUUUAGAGGAGUUUGAUGAUUCUUCACCAAACAGCAAGAAGAAGAAAAGGUACCUACAACCUCGCAGCAAAACAAGUAAAAUUCAGGAGGUUGUGAUGUUUACGAUUGUGGAUACCAGUGAGGCGAAUGGUGUAGUAGGAAGUACACUGAAAGAGCUAAGAUCUUUGCCUAUUGAGACCGGCAGUUCAAUUGCUAACUCCCCAGAUUACUUGAGUGAAUCUGAGGAUAACAUGUCAGAAGAAUCUGAAAACAAGGCAGAGACGACAGCUAAGUCAAUGGCUUCAAUAGUGUGUGGUGGGGGCAGCAUGAGUUCCGGUAAGAGCAGCUCUGUAAACAUGGACAAUGCCACGAGUAGAAGCACCAUUUCUCUCAAUGAGAGACAGCAGAAGAACCGGAAAGGUGGGAGACCAAGAAAUCCAAAGUUACCUGUCUGCGCAAAAAGGAGUAGCUUGGCAGAUUGUACCUUGAGAGAAUCAGGUUGUUUUGGUGAAACCCAGUCUAGGAAGAAGAAACCAGUAAAGAAGGGUAAACAAAUGAGACCAACCCCGUUAGGAGCUGAUCUAAAUGUACAUUUGAUGAGAGAGGAGCACAUCGAUCAAGAUCGAAGUCUGAAAUUGUCAUCAACCAGUUCCGUUGCAACCGAUAGCUCUUGUCAAGGAAACGAAGAUCGAGAAAUAUCACCAGAAAGAUCUGAAACCAGAGAAGAUUUUGACUUGAACGUUUCACAAAUCUCACAAGAACGUGAUGCUGAUUGCACUGAUACUGUCAUCACAGACGUUAUGCAGAACAGUGAGAGCUCUUGUGCAGAGCAGGAGCAGUGUAACCCUCAGGAGCUGCAGGCAACCGCGGAUCUGCUUCCUGGACGGAGGCAGAGUACAAGGACCCGACCAUUGACUACAAAGGCACUGGAAGCUUUUGCUUUUGGGUACCUUGGUAACUCGAAGAAGAGAAAGGCUUCGGAGGAGUCCAGAAGCAAGUCAAGAAAAAAGUCUAAAAAGCGCAGCCAUCGUUGCUCACUGGUGUCCUCUGAGUUCAGAAAUGGAACUGUAGAAGAUGGUUCAAACACUGACGAGAGUGAAUAGACUAGCUGCGAUCUGAAAUCUGACACUUCUGCAUCUACCUCAAGAACAAGCGCCAAAAGGGGAUGAACUUUGCAGUUAUAGUUGAUAUAGCAACAUAGUUAUAGAGAAUGGUUUGCCUUUUGUUUCUGUUACCCUCAUUGAGCACAGUCAAGGCUGAAAGAAGCUAUGGGAAGCUGUGAUGUUAUUUUACUUUCAUCGUAUCCAAUGCAGAAUCAGUACUCAAAAA